ACAAAAAAAACACGGGUCUCUCUCUCUCGCGAUAGUCGCUUGCUAAUGCAGCCGCCAUAUUCUCUGAUAGUAUUUUGAUUCGUAUCUGGAAGUUAUAGAAACGAAACGAGAAAAUAAAGGGGAUAGUUCAGGGGGUGUAGAAGAAUAGUUGUCAAAAGUAUUCCCGAGUCUCCAAAACAGCGGGGGACUACGUUGUAAUAUUACCCCAGUCGAGAGUUAAUACAGUGAGGGCCUGGGUGCCGUUGAAUCUCCGAUUCCGAAGUCCCCUGCUCCGCUUCUUUCAGCACCACGGCCCAGUGGAGAUUCUGUAGCUGUGUCUCGGGUGUUGAAGGUGGCCCAGGGAGCGGCGGCGGAGACGACAAUGCUGCAGCUGUGUGGCGUGCUGACCCCACGGCCCGCUCAGUGAGCUGACCAGAGCGCCGCCACCCUCCCUGACCUGGCACUACACGAAUGGCCCAGGGAAGCCGCCAGAUUGACGUUCAGGUUUUGCACGAGCUGCUCCAGAAGUUCCCUGAGGUUCCCGAGGGUGUCGUGUCCCACUGUGUACGGCAGAACAACAACAGUUUGGACGCCUGCUGUGAGUACCUGUCCAAGGUGAGUCCGGGCUUCCUGUACAGCGAAGAGAACCUCCUCAUCCCCGACGACCCCAGCUAUCCCGGGCUCCGGAAUCACAUGACCCAGCUGAACCUGGGCCUGCAGUCUCAUAAUGUGCAUGCGGCCCCUGUGAGAGACAACCUGAGGAUGAACGGCAGCAGGACUCUGUCCCACAGCCUGAGCGACGGGCCCCUCCAGGGUGGCCAGCCCCCCAGCGGAGACUUCUUCCAGCAGGAGCCUCAGUCGGCCCCCGUUCAGGUGCCCUCCAGCCUCAAUGUGUUCGGAGCGAUGGAGCACAAGCGCAAGCCCCAGCCCCCGCAGCACCUGGGGCUGUACCAGCUGGGGGGCAAAGGGCAGACCAUGGGCCCCCAGCAGACCCCUCGUUUCAACCCCAUCACUGUGACCCUGGCGCCCAACAUCCAGACGGGCCGGAACACCCCCACCUCUUUGCACAUACACGGCGGGCCCCAGUCAGGCCUGGGCAGUCCAGUGGGGAACUCCAUCUACAUCAGGCCUUACGUCACCCAGCCCGGCAGCACCCGGCAGCACCAGCAGCAGCAGCAGCAGGCCGGCCGGGCCCAGUACAGCCCCACCUCCCAGCCCCUGCAGCAGAUCUACCAGAUCUCCCACCCUUCCUCUCUGCCCGGCUCUUGGGCAGGCGCCGCCCCCUCCCAGCACCCCUCCUCCUCACAGCACCAGUCCCAGGGCCAGAAAACCUCCCACGUCUACAUGCCCAUCAGCUCCCCCACCAACCCCCAAGCCCCCUCCAUCCUCCAGGCCCCGUCCAGCGGGCAGGCCUCCUCUGGGGUCUCCUCCACGGUCAUGCCCACCUCCCUGGCCUCCUUCAGCCAGUACAACAUCCAGAACAUCUCCACUGGGCCGCGCAAGAACCAGAUAGAGAUCAAACUAGAGUCUCCUCAGAGGAGCAACUCCACCACCACCACGGCCGUGCUGCGCACCAGCAGCGGCCCCCGCUCCACCUCCUCCUCCUGCCCCUCCUCCUCCUCCGUGGGGGCGGCCAGCGGCUCCACGGCCCCCCUCUCCAUCGGGGGCCCUGGGCUGAGCCGCAGCCAGCCCACUGUUUACAUCUCCGCCAGCCCCCCCCCUGUAGCUGCUCCUCCCCCCGCCGACGAGGCCGUCAUGGCCCCCACAGGCUCCCGCUCGCAGCCCAAGUUUUACAUUUCUGCUAACGCCUCCAGCGACGAGGGAGGGGGGAGGAACCCCCCCACCGUCUACAUCUCCGCCAACCCCCCCAUGCAGGGCCCGCCGGGGGCCAGGAACAUAGGGGGCCAGAUGAGCAUGGGCCCCGCCUACAUCCACCAUCACCCCCCUAAAUCCCGCGCCUCCAUGGGCGUGGGGGGGGCGCCUGCCUCCCCGCGGGUGGUGGUCACCCAGCCCAACACCAAGUACACUUUCAAAAUCACUGUGUCCCCCAACAAGCCCCCCGCGGUGUCCCCCGGUGUGGUGUCCCCCACCUUCGAGCCCACCAACCUCCUCAGCCUCCCCUCCGACCACCACUUUGUGGAGCCGGAGGCCGAGCCCCUGGCCUCACACAGGGAGCGCCCCAGCGAGGCACGACGCCCCAGCACAGGCUCAGACGACGCAGCGUACACACAAGCCCUGCUAGUCCACCAGAAGGCUCGUAUGGAAAGGCUGUGGCACGAGCUGGAGUUGAAGAAGAAGAAACUGGAGAAGCUAAAAGAGGAAGUGAACGAGAUGGAGAACGACCUCACCAGGAGAAGACUAGAACGCUCCAACUCUGUUUCUCAGAUCCCCUCUAUUGAGGAAAUGCAGCAGUUGCGAUGCAAAAACAGGAUACUGCAGAUCGACAUUGACUGCUUAACCAAAGAAAUCGAUCUCCUUCAAACACGAGGACCACACUUCAACCCCAGUCUCAUUUAUAACUUCUAUGACAACAUUGGCUUCCUAGGUCCUGUCCCACCCAAACCUAAAGGUACUUUAUCUGUUGAUCCAGAGGGCCAGGGGACUGACAGGAGAGGGUGUAGAUUCAAUGUCACCUCCAAGCUCACCAUGGAGCCCUCCCCCGCCCCUCCCCCCGCCCCUCCCCCUGCUCUCCCUCUGGACUCGAGCAGUAAGGGUGUAAGGACGGUAUCAGGCCAGGAGGAGGACGAGGGGACGCAUUGGAACUGCACGGCCUGCACGUUCCUCAACCACCCCGCCCUCAACCGCUGUGAACAGUGUGACUUCCCCCGGCACUUCUGAGCCACACACGCCUCCCUAUCUCCCUCCGCCUUCCAGCAGAGCAAAAAAAUAUAUACAAUACUAGAAAGGCCUUUUUUUCUUCUAGUUGGAUGAAAAUGGACAGGGUUAGUUGCUUUUUUUUUCCCCAAUGUGGCUUGUUUCUUUCCCCUCCAUGGUUUGUUGAAUGCUGUCCAUCGAAGGCUGGACUGGAUAGUGUUUACAGGUGGUUAGUGACUCAGCAGAGACAGCAGACUUGGAUGACCAUACCUUCUCUUGGAAACUCUGCAUGCGUGGGGUCCAUCCUCCAUCCCCCACCUCCUACACACACACACACACACACACACACACACUUAAAAGGCAACAUUACUCAAGGGGAGGCCUCACUGCUUCUAUUUACAGUAUUAUCAGAAUGUUGUCCUGUAGGGUCAUGGCACAAACACACACACAAAGAAAAACUUGCACACGUCAACAACAAACCAACAUGGGUGCCUGCGUACCUUUGCUGAUGUAUUUUUUUUAUUUUUCUUCUUCUUCUGUGGCGGCACAAUCAGGCAUGGGAACUAGGGAACCGCCACAGCUGCCAUCUGAAGGGAAAACGAACAGACUACUUUCAGUUUGGUUGCUGUUUCUACCGGAUGAUAAGGGGAAGCUAGCCUUGUUACUGCCACCAAAACUUGCCUCUCGCCCUUCCAAGUAGUGCCCCUUUCGAGGCUGCGUCUCUUCGAUCUACAGGAAACAAACCCCCCCAAAAAGGAAACUAAAUUGCAUGCGUGUACAGUACAUGAAGGGAAGAGAUGCCCUUGAGAUUUUCACUGUACAUCUUUUUAGAAUGUGCCUUAAAUGCCUUCUUCUUCCUCACACUAUGAAUCACUUGUAUUUCCUGUAAGUAUAGCUUUAUAGACUUUAUUAGCUUUUGUUUUUGUCUUUUUUUGUGCCUUCAACAAAUAAGCACGCUGUCCCUCUUUAAGCUUUUACUUGAUUUCUGUGAGAUUUGAAGCGUCGCUGUAGCAGAGCAGUACGUCAGUGGAAACGAACGCAGCCCCAAAGCUUCGGCGCCACUGCGUUCUUCACCGCUCUGUAAACGCAGACCUUCUCGUGUACGAUCUGCGGAUGCAGGAAAGUCGAGAGAUGGAGGAAUUUCGUGGACGCCAGAGAUCUUGGACUGGCAAAAAAAAAAAAAAAAAAAAAUGACAAACUGAAAAAAGCAAAUGACAAACUGCCAUCUUAUCUGACAACUGGAAUGUAGGUUUAAUAUUUGGGGACUUUGACACCUUCGUGCCAGAAGAGACUCAUGGACGGUUCAUCCAAACCAAUUACAUCUAAACAGAAGCAUGUAAGAUGGAAUUGUAUCCUAUUAUAUUGUAAGGUGUUCCUCCCUGUACAGUUUGGUGAAAGGCAACUGUUUCCUGAUGGCUUUCAGAAUAUGCGUAGUUGCUAUGCAGUAUAAAUUGGGUUUUCAUGUGUGUACCAAAGAUCAGGAUGAAUAUGUUUUAAUGUUUUAAGUAUUCCUGUUUCCAAUCAAGAAAUAUUUAUGUAGGGAUAUGUGACUUGUAUUCUCCCUCACAGAAUUGUUGAGGAACUCCACAAAACAAUACAGUACAAAAAUGACAGUGGUUAUUUCAAACAUUAUAAAAACAACUGUCCUCUUUGUACAAUCUUACUCUUAUUGGGUUUCAUUUGUCUUGUGAAGCUUCUGCUUGAUGAGGAUGGUUUCAAAGUUUACUAUUUUAAUUACUUUACCCUAAUUGUGGAAUCGUUUUUCACAUGCGAUAUGCUGCCUCACAUUACUGCCUUAGGUGUUUGUAUUGAUAAUCUGUGCGUUCACAAAUCAAGAUGCCAUUUUCAAAACCAAAACAGAUUAUCGUUGGAGAAAAAGCGAUCAAUUUAAGAAAUCGUAGUCUAAAAUCAGUAGUUGUCUCUUAAGCACUUAUGCGAUACUAUUUCUCGUAAACCAAAGACAAACCAAAGAAAGCUUGAUCUGCAGCUCUGUGUGAAGUUGGUUCAUACAUGUUUUAUUAAUUAAAAAAUAAUAAAUUGGAUAUCUAAAGUGUUUUUGAUUUUAGCUGGGAAAACUGUCUUUGUAACAGAUAAGUUAUUUGUAAAAAUAAAAAAAAAUCUAUUCUGAAA